AAAGGGAGAAUCACAUCAAUCACUGAUCCGAAAUGGAGAUAAUUGAAGGGGCCGGGGACAAGACAGGGAAAGUUUCUAAAGCGACUUUUGUUUUUCAUAUCAAUGGCUACGGUAGUUACGCUCUUACUCUUUUUUAUUUCUCUAUCAAUCUCUUCCCUUUAUUCACGCCGCUCUCUCGCCCUCUCUCUCCAAAAUUCUUCUCCAAGUCUUGGUUUCGUGUUAGAAUGUUGUCAUCCAUCGCCAUCUUCCAUCUCUUACUUUGAUACUCUCUCUCGUUUUCUUCACCAAAAAUGUCUUUGGCUGCCCAGAAGCAACCUAAGGACUUGCCAAGUCUUCUCUUUUCUGACUUUAUGCUCUUUUGUUCUUUCCUUCUCUCUCACCCUCUGUAUUUCUCUUACUUCAUCUUCUUCUCCCCUUACCUCUUCAAGGUUUUCUCUUUCCUUUCCCCUCUCUUCGUCACCACUGCCCUUUUACUUCUGGCCUUUCUUACUCUCACUCCCACAUUUUUCAACCAUGGUGGGGCUUUCCACCUCGACAGCUCACCGGAUUCGAAGGCAAGUUUCCUGCUUACUGCCUACCGAACGCUUGUUGAAACGUUGAGGUCUAAAGUUGACGAUGCUGAAAGCGAUGGCUUUGGAUGCUUCGAAGAGCUUGAAGCAUUUAAGAUCAUGUUUGAAGCGUCGACUACUGUCGUCGAAACUUGUGAAAAUCCAGAUGAUGUUUUGGCGGUGGAGUCCCAAGGAGAGUGCUUUCGAGCUGUUGAAGCUUCCAUCGACCAAGGUCCGAGCUUUGAAAACGAUGGUAGCUUAGGUAUGGCUGAAACGUCGACGACGAGUACUGCUUUAGAUGAAAAACCAGCAGAGAUUAGGCGACCGGAAACGAAUCAGGUAAAGGCGGUAGUGAAGAUCUUUGAAGAAUUUUUGCAGGAAAAAGAUGGGGUUGAAAAUUUGUCGUCCAAAAAGAUAGACAAAGAGGUCAAGUCACUAUGCGUGGAGUCCAAUAAAGGUGAUGAACAAAAAGAAGAAUUCAUGAGAAGGGGAUCCGAGGCCAAUAAAGUAAGUGAUCCUCCUAAAGUGAUCAGUGCUGAUAAUGGAUUUGAGCAUGCUGCCAAAGCAGUGGUGAAUGAUUCCCCGAGAGUGAGAGGUGAAUGGGGUAGUAAAAAUGGAGACAAUUAUAACUACCAAAUAAUGGGAUCAAAUCUUGGCAACUUUGGGUCAAUGAGGAAACAAAAGGAGUGGAAGAGGACAUUGGCAUGCAAACUUUUCGAAGAGAGACACUCACACAACGUUGCUGAGGGUACUGAAGGGAUGGAUUUGCUUUGGGAGGCAUAUGAAACUGACUCCCAUUCCCAUAAUAAAGUAGAAAUGAAAAGCAGCUCAAAGAAAGGAAAGAAAAGUGGCAACAACAAAGAUUACUGCUACGAUAAUGAUAAUUAUGAUGAGGAGGAGUAUGAGGAAGAGUCCAAUGGGCAAUUGUGCUGCUUACAGGCUCUCAAGUUCUCAGCUGGGAAGAUGAAUUUGGGAAUGGGAAGGCCUAACCUUGUCAAGAUCUCAAAGGCCCUCAAAGGGAUUGGAUGGUUGCACCAUGUUAGCAGCAGGCAUGGCAAGAAAGGGUACCACUGAAUUUUAGAUUCCACUUUUUUCUUUUUUGUUAAUUUAAGCUUGAUGAGAAUAGCGGAUAUAUCAUAUAUAUAUAUAUAUAUAUAUAUCUAUAUAUUUCUCUAACGAUCACAGAGUAAAUAUGUUCUUUUGAUUUCACAUGAAAUGUAACUUUUUCUUUUUCUUGUUCCCUAUUUGUAUGUGGUGGAACAUCAAACAAUAUGCGGAAAUCCAACUUUGAACAUUUGAUCAUUUCCUAUUGUUAUGGCAAACAAA